CCUAACUUAUAUAUAAAUAGCUUCUUUCCCAAUCUAGCUAGCAUGACUAGCUAGCUAGUUCAGCACUUGAUCUGUAUAGGUUUCGAAUCAGCUUGGAGCUAGCUAUCUGCAGAAAAGGAAAGUCCAUACAGGGAUAUGAACCUACAAGGCAUAUAAUGACCAGUAUGGGAAAUUCCAGCUCCAGUGAAGGAGGAGGAUUCAAGAACUCUAACAGAAAGCACUACAAGCAGCUCGAUUCUACUAUUUCUGCAGGUUAUGAUCAUGAAGGAAUAAAGAGGGUUAAGGCAGACAAGUACGUCUGUGAUUCCCCACCUUAUUCCGAUCUAUGCAUUUGCGUGAUUACGUGGAACAUGAACGGCCGGUUAUGCUACCGAGAUUUGAUGAUGGUUGCCCGGAACAACAGCAAGUUCGAUCUUCUGGUUAUCGGUCUGCAAGAAGUGCCCCGGAAACUGUUCGAACGACCGUUGCAGACAGCGCUUCUUGACUCUCACGUAUUGUUGGGAGAAGCCACUAUGCAAUCAAUACACCUGUAUGUCUUUGGUGCAAAGGGCUCAGACUUGUUCCUCAGAGAAAUGAAGAUUGAUAAGCUUUCAUUUGGGGGAUGUGGAGGACUAGUCGGAAGGAAUAAAGGAGCUGUGGGAAUCCGCAUCAACUAUAAAGGCAUUCCAAUGGUCUUCAUCUCUGGCCAUCUCUCUGCUCAUGCUCGCAAUGUGGGGAAGAGGAAUUCCGAAUUCAAGAGUGUAUCAGAAUCUUUUUUCUCCAAGGCCUUGAAAAAGGACCCUUAUGCUUCACCUCCCAAAAUCAUCGUCUGGUUGGGAGAUCUCAACUACCGAAUACAAGGGAUUGAAAAUCAUUCCGUACGAAAUAUGAUAAACAAAGAUCUCCACGGACUACUAUCCAGCAAUGACCAACUAUUACAAGAAGCCGAGAGAGGAGAAAUCUUCAAAGGAUUCCGCGAGGGGACGUUAACCUUCAAACCGACUUACAAAUACGACGUCGGAAGUAGCAACUACGACACAAGCUAUAAGGUGCGAGUGCCGUCGUGGACCGACCGGAUUCUGUUCAAGACGGAGGAGGAUACAGACGACGAGUUCCAUGCGACGCUACACUCAUACGAAUCCAUGGACGAGAUUCACAGUUCAGAUCAUAAACCAGUCAAAGCUCACAUAUGUUUGAAACUUAACAAAUCACCAAACACAUCAUGAUCACAAUUAUUAGCCUCUGGAAACUAUGUGCUUAAUGUAACGUACAAUGACUUUUCUGUGAUUAUGACAUCAUGUUUUGAUGACUUUCCUAAAUAAGUAGAAGCAAAGAUAUCGAAUUCAAUUGCUUCACUCUUAAUU